GCAGUAACUUAAGGUUGGAAGACAACAAUCUCUGCUCCAUAUAUGGUAUGUGCCUAUUGUAGCUCAAAAGCAGGUUUAGUCUCUUGAUUUGAAGAAAAAAAGUAAUCUUGAUAAGUUGUGUAAGAUUUAUUGUCUAUUGUGCAAGCCCUAUAGUAUCUUUUGUAAAUACUGGAGCAGUAACUUAGGUUUGGAAGGCAACAAUCUUUUCUGUGGGUAUGGUGUACACCUAUAUGAAGGACUAUAAUCUUACAUGAGGAUUUCUUUAGAUCCAUACAUAAUACUGGGGGAGGGGGUAAGCUUCUGGAACAAUGCUUGUUGCAGACCUACUUCUUUCACUAGCUCGUUGAUCAUCAGAACUAAUCUUUGAGUAGUGUUAAAGAUGAUAGAGGACGACUCAUCAGAGAGGAGAUGGGAGGAAAUGGAAAUUGAUAUCCUGGUGAGGAUAUUCAAGACAUUUAACAUCAUUGAACUGACUUCAGGCAUUUCCAGAGUUUGUAGUACAUGGCGCUUGGCUUGUUCUGAUCCAAUGCUUUGGAAGACUCUUGAUUUGGGGUUAUUGAGGUCUAAUUACAUUAAAAUCCCUGCAGCACCAUUUGUUUGGGUGUCUGAUAGCUCUGAUAAGAGAUUGAUGCGGUUGUUGAAGGUUGCACUUGGUCUCAGCCGUGGAUCCCUUACUUGUUUGAUUUUCCAUUUUCAUCUGUAUCUGAAAGACGAGCACUUGAUCUAUACAGCUGAAAGGUGCCCACGGCUCAAACGGCUGGUUCUCCCAGCUUGGAAUCGAAUUACAAAGGGUGGAAUCUGUAAGGCUGUCCGCAUAUGGGAAGAUCUUGAAUCACUGACAAUGCCCAGCAUUGCCUAUCCCCCUUACAUCAUGGAGGAAAUUGGUAAGAGCUGCAAGAAUUUCACUGAGCUCAAGCUGAUGGGCUCUUGUGACGUCCUAUUUGCAUCAACCUUAGCCACUUGGCUUCCCAAGCUGAAAGUGUUGAGCUUGCGGUGCUCUAUGUUGACCAUGGAAGCUUUGAUCUUGAUCUUAGACUCCUUGAUGGAUUUGGAGGUGCUCAAUAUCUCUCACUGCUUGUUGCUAGAAGUCCCUGAGCCCCCAGCACCCAAAAGAGUUCUUAGAGAGCUUGAUGAGACAGUCAUUGAGAAGGCAUCCCGGUUACGAGAAUUCUACACUUGCCAAGAAGAUUCGUGCCUCAUGUGUCAACGUAUGAAAGAUGAUGAAGGUAUCAUUAGAUGGUACAAGUACGAGGAGUGGUCGUGGCGCAUGGACGAAGUCAGCUGCCUUUCACUUGCAAUGGAGCAGCAUGUUGAGGUUGGUGGUGGUAGUAUUGUACUAAGCUAAUGAGGGAUCUGAAGUAACAUCUAAUAUGGUCUAUGUAUAAUUUACAUACUUGUUUACGAAAAUAAAUGCUCAAGCCAGUUUUCCUUCAUGGCCCAUGUACAACAAAGGGAAAUAAUGUCUUCUUAUGCUCUUUCUUUGUA